UAUACCACUGGAUCUGUCGCUGCCCAAGCACAUGGCGCAGAAGCUUAUCUCCGCGGGAGAGAAGCGACCCAGACCCAACGGUUUCAUCAUCGAGCGCAAUGGUGAGGUGCAAGGACGAGAAUUGGCGUCUGGGCCCUUAGACCUGGUCAACGUCAAGAAGGAGGUCAUGGGCUCUGACGGUGGAGGGAACUCUGUCCACCAGCUGGAGAAAAGCACCAGUCCCAUCUUUGGAAUUAAUCCCUUCACCGGCGGUCCCGUCUACACCUCUCUACCACCUCACGGGGCGUUUCCUUCACCCACCUUUAUGUCUGCCCAGGCCACCAUCCCGGGCCUCAGGCCCUACCCGGGCCUCGACCCCAUGAGCUUCCUGCCCCACAUGGCCUACACCUACGCCACCGGGGCGGCCACAUUUGCUGAAAUGCAGCAGAGGAGAAAGUACCAACGCAAAUCCAGUUUCCAGGGGGAGCUGCUGGACGGGACGGCCGACUAUCUGUCAGGCCUGGACGACCUGACAGACAGCGACUCGCUGCUCUCCAGGAAGAAGAUUAAGAAGACUGAAAGUGGUAUGUACGCGUGUGACUUGUGCGACAAAACAUUCCAGAAGACCAGUUCCCUCCUAAGACACAAAUAUGAGCACACAGGGAAACGUCCUCACCAGUGUCAGAUCUGCAAGAAGGCCUUCAAACACAAACACCAUCUCAUCGAGCACUCGCGCCUGCACUCCGGGGAGAAACCUUACCAGUGCGACAAGUGCGGGAAGCGCUUCUCGCACUCGGGCUCGUACUCGCAGCACAUGAACCACCGCUACUCCUACUGCAAGAGGGAGGCGGAGGAGCGCGAGGCGGCCGAGAGGGAGGCCAGGGAUAAGGGAGGAGGAGGAGGCGUGGCGGUCGGGGGCCUGGAGCCCACCGAGCUGCUGAUGAGGAGGGCCUACCUGCAGGGGCUGGGGCCGCUCGGGUACUCGGACCCCGAGGACCAGCAGGAGGACGGCGGCGGCGGUACGAUCUUGAGGGACGGCAGCGAGGGAGGAGGCGGAGGACUGGAGGAGAGGGAAGCGGACAACAAGACGUACGAGGACGUGACAGACGGACAGGAGGCAAGUUUCAGGGAAGAAGAAGAGGAGGAAGAGGAGGAGGAGGAGGAGGAGCAGGGCGACAGCAGGAGCCAGAUGGAGUCGAGGAGGGACGGCGAGGGCAAAGACGCGACGCAGCUGAUGGACGAGAGUUCAGGAGAAGGGAAGACAGACGGCAAGUCGGACCAGGAGGACUGAUCCAGAAGGAACUCUGAAGGACUGUGCACAAGUUAUCAGGGCUGGAAAGAAGGGGGGGGGCUUUUAUAAGAGACCGUUGUUUUAUUUUACCCCUGUUUUAUUUUAAAUGUCUUACACGUCCCGUCCCAACACCCCGACAUCAGGAUCCACGUUCAGCUCAAAGGACCAACUCGUGAUCGGAAAGACUCACAGCAGGAAGCUGAACGGCAGCCGGGACCUUCGAUUCAUCCGGAUCUGUUUGGCUUUUAUAUGUAAAGAAAAAACAUUUUGUGCAGGUUUAUUUGGACUUUUAACUUUAGAAAAAGGAAAAGUCUCUUCUUCUGAAAGUCACCGUGACACCUGGUGCUUCGCUCGGUGAAGUCGCUGAAAAGCUCGUUCUUAAUGAAACUCAUGCAAACAAACUCAGUUGAACUCUA